AUGUUUAUCAAUGAACGCGAAAAGGGCGAAUCAUUCGAUUUAAAAAAGUAUUCCCAAAAGGAUUUCUACGUCCAGGUUUUCACUUCGGUUAUCAAGCAGCAAAGAAAUACUCCUCGGUUACUCUCCAACACUCAAGAAUUCACAGCAAAUCGCAGCGUACGAAUAACCAAAAUCGAUACGGCGUACAAAAAUGCUGUCGCAUUACAGUUCGGUAGUCGAUUUCGUAUGUUCCUCAACCAACUGACUGGGCAAAAAGAGAAGAUCGAAAGUAAAGAGCAAGAACUGCACAGGGAGAAAAAUCCCAAAAAGGAGAUAAGUGACACCAUUUACAAAGAAAUUACGGAGCUUUGUAAACGCUUAAAGCUCAUGCUUGUACCUGGAAACACUCAGAACUUGCUCACAGAUAUUUUGAAUGGUGAAAAAGUUUCUCGUAUCCGAAAAUUCUUCAGCAUCUACGGAUCUAAUUAUAAAUUCGGAAGUAUUUAUUAUGAUUGCAAAUCAGAACCUCUCAAUCACUUCAAGGCCUAUUACAAGAUGGCAAAAUUAUACGAACAGUCUGAACACAUUCCUUAA